UUGUGUGAAGAAAAAUUUAAAAAGCAAAAAAAAAAUUAUAAACAAAUUUUAAAUGCCUGAAGGAAUAAGGAACUCAGUGCAAACUGCAAAAAAACGGGCACAGGAAGUAAAAAUGCAAAAAAUCCUACAAACAAAGUAAUACUCGGUCGGUGUUCGCAAAAGUAAAGCAGAAUAAAAAAAAAAAACCAACAACUACAAACUUAAGAAAAAAUAAGAAAAAAACGAAAAAAAAAAACUUCUUCUUCUCUCCCCUUUUUUCGAUGUUUCAACGAUUUUGAUCCUGGAGCAGGAGCCAAGAGUACAAGCGAAUCCUUCUUCUUCUUCUUCUUUUUUUUAUUCGUUUAAUCCUCUUACUCCUUCUUAUCGUCGUUGGUUUCGUUGCUGCAUUCUUCCCUACAACUAUUUGCCUCCAACAUCAUCAUCAUUAUUUGAUAGUAGUAGUUUUUGCUUCUUAAUUUUUAUUUUGUCAACGACGACAAAAAUUAUAACAUGCCACGCUGUUUAAUGGCUAAAAAAUGGAAGGCAUAUCCUUGGCCAGACCGAACUGAAUCCAAACACAACAAUAAAUCACAACAACAACAACAACAUCAACAAGAAAUAUUGGAUGACGAGGAGGACGAUUCCUCAUCUGAAUGCAAUUUGCAAAUUGUUAUUGAAGAAAAAAUCUCCUCAACAAAUCAACAACAACAACAACAACAACAAAGUGUUAUUGUUGAUUUACCAAUUAGUGUGGAUGACGACGAAGAAAUUGAUGUUGUUGGUGAUAAUACAUCGGCGACAUUAAUUAACGGUAAACAACAUUCACAACAACAACAUCAUCAAUUAGAUCAACGCACAAUAUCAUCAUCAACAUCAUCAUCAAUAACAGCAACAACAACAGCAUCAGCAGCAGCGGCAGCAUCUACAACAACGCCAUCUACCUGUUGGGGUCCAUCUUCACCAACAGCGGGCGCCACGGCACCUAGUCCACCGCCCCAUUCACCCGAAGCGGCAACGCGUGGCUCAACAACUUUAUAUAAUGGAUAUGGUCACGACGUAUCGCCGAUGCACUUCACUGCGUACCUGCCACGAAUGGAAAACGAAGUAACCGUUAUCACAUCACAUCCGCCCCGACCCCCAUUGGCGUCACCGACCUCCAAUUCCUCUCAAUAUUCCUAUCAGACAACUUCUGCUUCAUCUUCGCCAUCCUCGCCAUCGAAUUCAUCGGAUCGCUUUAGUCCGCCUAUGAUUCGCAUUAAGACCGAGUACGAUAACGAUUUACAUCUUAACAAUAACAACGUUAAUAGAAAAUCUUUAGCCAUGUGCUUUACAAGCACAGGAGCGGCUCUCUCAUUGCCGCCAAAGAAAAAAGACAUCUACCGGCCGUAUUCGCUUGAUGACAGGCCAUCUGCAAUUGAUCGCAUACGAACAUAUGAAAUGCGAAUACCGGCCGAAGAGGAUUUACAUGCAGCUCAUGCAAUUUUAGAUUUGAGUGCGUCAACAGCCUUCCAUCCACCAACGCAACCGCAUCAGUUGCAACAACUUCAUCAGCAACAACAACAACAACAACAACUACAACAUCAGCCAACAACCACACAACAACAUCAUUUGCAUCAUUUGACGCAUGCGAUACAGCUGCAACAGCAGCAAGACGAUGAUGAUGAGCGCCCCGAUAGCGAAGUAUCUAUGCAUAACGGCCAUGUACCUGAAGUUGAUUGCAAGAAUAUCGGCCCCAUUCAGAAUGAGAAUAGCAACACGACGAACAUUGGGGCGCAACAAAUCGGUUCGUGUUCCAGUAGCCCGGGUACUCCGCAGCCCGGUGCCAAGACCGUUGCCUACACAUAUGAAGCUUUCUUUGUUAGCGACGGCCGUUCGAAGAGGAAAAACACAACCGAUCCGGCCGCGGCAGUUAUUGUGCCUGAGCACAAGGCAAAGUACACAUGUACCGAAUGUGGCAAACAGUAUGCAACUUCGAGCAACCUUUCGCGGCAUAAACAGACUCAUCGCAGUUUGGACUCUCAAUCGGCGAAAAAAUGCCACACUUGUGGCAAGGCUUAUGUAUCGAUGCCAGCUUUAGCGAUGCAUGUUCUCACGCACAAACUCUCACACAGCUGCGGUGUAUGUGGGAAACUCUUCUCCCGGCCCUGGCUCCUGCAGGGUCAUCUACGAUCUCAUACCGGUGAGAAACCGUAUGGAUGCGCCCAUUGUGGCAAAGCUUUUGCGGACCGUUCCAAUCUGCGGGCACACAUGCAAACCCAUUCGAUCGAUAAGAACUUCGAGUGUAAACGCUGUCACAAGACCUUCGCUCUCAAAUCCUACCUGAACAAACAUCUCGAAUCGGCUUGUUUGAAAGAUGAAGGUGCUUCAGAUUAUUCCGAUCCGAUGAGCCCCGAACCAUCACCAAUGAUGUUGGAUAUGGUUAAAGGCAGUCCGAUUAGAACAAAUCCGGUUAAAAUUGAAGCUUCUUACGGUGGGUAACAAUGUGAGGAUGCCGUUAUCUCAGACAUUAAUUCCGAUUCCAGUAAAGAUUCCUGCAUUUACGGUUUUGUUCGAGUAAUGCGGUAAGAAAUGCUGAUUUAUUAUACAAAAAAAAAAUUAUAUAUAAAAAAAUAAUUAUAAUUUAAAAUUUAACGCAAAAAAAAAUUGAAAAAAUUAUUUA